AUGGCAGCACAACAAGAAAUAGAUCCUGAGACGUUUUUCAAAGACCCGCGUUUCUCCCAAACAUUCCAAAUCCAAGCAGACCCUUCCAAUGGAUUUCCCACUGCUAUCAAGGUCAAAUACGCAGACUACGGCUAUCGUAACCCCUCUAAUCCCUCAGAGGAAAAUGUUCUACUGUUCUUUGCGCCGCUCUGUGCAUCGCGCAUCAUUCAUUGCGCCAAAGACGAGCUUGCCAAGAAACACCGCGUUCGUAUCGUGACGAUGGACCGUCCGGGUUUUGGUGGAACUGAUCCUGUCAAGUUGGAACAGCGCGCCCUUUUAUGUCGAAAAAUGACACUGGCUCUUUUGAAACAUCUUCAGAUUGGCAAGGUAUCUGUUGCAUGUCACAGCGGAGGAACCGUGUAUGCCCUCGACAUGCUGCUUCAUCACCCCGAGAUUCUCCAUACCGGGCGCUCAUACAUGGCCAUUGGUGCGCCUUGGAUCUUGCCAUCCCGUUCUAAUGUUUGGUCAAUUUCACUUGUUAAAGCACUACCUGUCGGUAUGAUGGCGCAGGCAGACAAGGCGAUUGGAUUUUUCAACAACACUCUCGGUCCAGCUUUCACAUCCUCCGUUGGUUUUAGUCAAUUGUUCACAACACCAGCUCCACCCAGCCCUACAGGAGAUUCCGAGUUCGCCAGGUUCGAAGAGUCGCUCGAGCCUUCUCUCUUCAAGUACGUUCACGCGGAGAGCAUUGAAGGGUUCUCGGAUGAAUCCCUGUUCCUCAUGCAAAAGGUAAAUGGAAUAUCUGGAUUCGGCGAUUGGCUCGACUACGACGAUCUGGUACCAAAGUUGGCGAGUGCUUUGAGAGGAUCUGGUCGACAGUUAAACAUCGAUAUUUUUUACGCGGAAUCGGAUUCCAUGAUAGGUGCACCUGGAACAGCGGGGCCAGAAUGGAUGAAUGCUUGCUGGACGAGGGAACAUACUGGCGACACCAUCAAUUACAACACCAAGACUAUCAAGAAGGCUGAUCACAACACUAUAUGGAGCAUUCGACGAGGUGUCCCAGAAGAGGUCUUCAAGAAGCUUAGCCAAUAG